AUGGCCGACUCGGGUGGGCUUCUCUUCACCACGCUAUCGACCUCGACGCAGGCCUUCCUACAACCGUCGUCCUCUCUCCACUCUGAGAUCUUGGCCUAUGCGAAAUCGAUCCUAGACCCAUUGGCUGUCAAUGUCUCAGCUGCGCAAAAGUUGAGGAAAGAUGGCAGCAGGAAGAAGAGAAAGCGGAGUGACGUGGAGCGAGAAGAGGAAGUUUUGCAGUUGCGGCAAAUCUAUACAGAGGGUCUCGCAGUAAAGCAGGUAUGGGAGCAGACGAGAAGGAUACUGGAUGCUUCUUGUAAAGAGACGGAGAGAGACAUUGCUGCCUACAGAAGUCGAGUACAAGCAGAGUCGCAGGAGCACAUUGCCGGUAAUGGCGAUGGGUCGAAUGGAGUAGUCGUAUUCGAUGCCCUCGAGAGUGAGGAUGAGACAUCAACAGACGGAGAUGUGCAGGAUGACGUGCAAGAGGACGAGUACCUCGACGAUGAAGAGGAUGAUGCAGAAGAGUUGGAUGAUCUCGAAGACAUAGAGGAUGCUGAAACAGAAGAUUCUGCUUCCGAGGCCGAAGCACAAAAUCCUGAGACAUAUGUGCAGGAUCCAAACGGCCUCAACGAUGGCUUCUUCUCCAUCGACGACUUCAACAAGCAGACCCAAUUCCUCGAGCAGCAGGACGCACUGGGCGAGGACGAUAACCCUAGUGACGAGGAUGAGAUCGAUUGGGAUGCAGAUCCCUUGACCAUGCCUUUCCACAAGCCGAAAGACACUUCUGCCAGCGGAGACAGGGGAGAGACCGCCCUUUCGGGGUCUGAGGAAGACUCAGACGAAGAAGACGGCCCGACUUUUGGAGACACUGACCUCAAUGCCGAAGACACUGAGGACGAGAUGUUAGGCCAGGAUGAGGAAGCUCUCGAUGACAACAUUGCCGGUCUGCAAAAUACCAAUGAUAUUCGCUACGGCGACUUUUUCGCACCUCCGCCCAAGAAACUAUCAAAAACCACGCGGAUGCGAGCACUCCCGAAGACCCAACCAACUAAACAGCCCCCAGCGCGCGCUGAAGACUUCGAGGAGGCCAUGCAGCGAGCAAUCUCAGAUGUUCGACGUGACCUGCUUGAGUCGGAGGAGGAAGACUCGGACUUGGGGUCUGGAAGUGACCUGGAGGGUACCGGGAGAUCAGGCCAGAAUAUGUCUACGCAUGAAAAGCAGCGAGCCGCCAUCGCAGCUGAAAUCCGCCGCCUUGAAGCGGCCAACGUGGCGAAAAGAGACUGGACACUCUCUGGGGAGGCACGCGCCGCGGACCGCCCUCUCAAUUCUCUAAUUGAAGAAGACAUGGAGUUCGAGCGAGUUGGUAAACCUGUCCCAGUGGUCACCGCUGAAGUCUCGGAAGAUAUCGAACAGCUCAUCAAACGACGUAUUUUGGCCCGGGAAUUCGAUGAGGUUGUUCGCCGGCACCCCGAUAGUUUGGGAGCCGCGAAUGAAACUCGGAGAGGCCGAGUAGAGGUCGAUGACACGAAGCCUCAGUCUGGCCUCGCGGAAAUUUAUGAGCAGGACCAUCUCCGUGCUACCGAUCCAGGCUACGUGGACAAGAGAUCCGCGGCGACAAAGAAACAGCACGAAGAAAUCUCACGGCUGUGGAAAGAGGUGUCAAGUCAAUUGGAUUUGCUGAGCAAUCUACAUUUCAAGCCUAAACGAGUGGAGGUAGAGAUCAAAGCAGUCGAAGACAGACCUACCAUCAGCAUGGAGGAUGCGAGACCAGUUGGAAUGGGUGUCAACGCCGAGGAGAGCAUGCUUGCGCCUCAGGAAGUGUAUCGACCUGGUGAAGAGGCAAAGAACAAGGGCCACUUAAUUGUACGCAAGAGCGGUGCAAGUGUGAGCAAAGAAGAAAUGACACGAGAAGAAAAGUUGCGGAGGAGAAGGAGGGAGAAAGAGCGGAGGAAGAAGGCACACGGAAGUGCAUCAACUCCAGGGACCAGCACGAAUGGUCAAGGUAGAGAGGGCGAUACCAGGAAGUCGAAAGCCAAAGCCAAAAACCCAGAGAAGGCCGACAUCUUGUCUGAGCUCCGUAAAGGAAACGUCAAGGUUGUGGGCAAAAAGGGAGAACUGCAGGACCUGGGCAGGAAGAAAGGGGCCGAGGGCGGUGUCGCUGCUGGUGGUACCCUAGCAGGAGGGGCGCUGAAGUUGUAG